AUAAGAAACUCCCUCUCCUCUGCGCUCACUCGCUCACUUCGUUCAGGUCAUUUGGCAAAAGGCGCAGCAUUGCGCCGUGCUCCUCCCGUCAGAGCGCACCCAUUCUGACCAGGAACAUUUGAUCAGAAAUAAAAAACAAACAUAGGCAGCAAUCUGCAUGUUUCUCUUUUCUUCCUUUCUUUUUUUAAAUCUAGUGGACUAUGGUUGCUUGACUUUUUUAUUUUAACUUCCACAGAUUCUGAUUAAAAGUUGAUGCGAAGACACUUUUUGAUCCAUUUAGACAGCGUUAGGUGGAGUUAGAAAACACCGUGUGGAAGAGAUGGAUGUUUUGGAGCGAAACGACACAUCUGUGAACUCAGAGUGCGUCGGAGCGCUGGCCGAUGCGCUCCAGAACAACUGCUCUUUGGAGACGCUGAACAUCUCUUAUGACAACGAAGCCGCGCUCCUCAUCCCACAGCGCGCCAGGCACAGAGAUGAAUACCACACUCUACGGAUCAUGCUCUACUCUCUUAUUUUCUUCCUGAGUGUAUUUGGCAACCUACUGAUCAUUAUCGUGCUCACGGUCAACAAGCGCAUGCGCACCGUGACCAACACUUUCCUAUUGUCACUCGCUGUCAGCGACCUGAUGAUGGCCAUAUUCUGCAUGCCCUUCAACCUCAUUCCCAGCAUCCUAAAGGACUUCAUCUUUGGAGCUCCUAUGUGUAAGAUAGUGGUCUACCUCAUGGGGAUAUCAGUGAGCAUCUCAACAUUCAGCCUGGUUGCCAUAGCCAUCGAGCGCUACAGUGCCAUUUGUAAUCCGCUGAAGUCUCGGGUGUGGCAGACUCGUUCCCAUGCCUACCGUGUCAUUGCUGCUACAUGGGUGCUGGCCUUCAUCAUCAUGAUCCCCUAUCCCGUCAUCAGUCACCUGGAGUCGUUUCGGCGCCCUGACAACACCACAGCACACAAGUGUCGCCACAAGUGGUCCGAUGCAACAGCAGAGCAGACCUGGUAUGUCUUCCUUCUGCUUGUACUGUUCGCCAUUCCAGGAGUGGUGAUGAUUGUUGCCUAUGGACUGAUCUCCAGGGAACUUUACCGAGGCAUCCAAUUUGAAAUGGGCCACAAGAAAGACUCCACUGAUGUGAAGAACGGCCUGACUUCCGCUGUGUCUGCUGGUAGUGACGAUGGAGAUGGUUGCUAUGUCAACGUGGUCCARCGGCCACACUCGCUGGAGAUGUCCACCAUGUCCGCAACAUCGACCAAACCAAUAAAAGCGGAGAGACCCCGCAGUAACACAUCUGAGGCCAAGUUGGAGGCCAAAAAGCGAGUCAUUCGCAUGCUGGUGGUCAUUGUGGUGCUGUUCUUUCUCUGCUGGAUGCCUCUGUACUGCGUCAACACCUGGCGGGCCUUCGAUGACGCCUCCGCCACCGAGGCUCUUACGGGGGCACCUAUCGCUUUUAUCCACCUGUUGAUCUACACCUCUGCAUGCGUCAACCCCAUUAUUUACUGCUUCAUGAACACGCGUUUCCGCAAAGCCCUGCUCGCCACGUUCUCGUGCUGCGCCGCCCCUUGCCGCCAUCGCCGUCGCCGAGGGCUGCGAGACAACGAGGAGGACGUUAUGGCCACAGGGGCGUCCAUGUCCAAGUUCAGUUACACCACCGUCAGCACCAUGGGAACCUGCUGAGGAAGAUGGAUGCAGGCGAAAUCCAGAAAAGACAGUUACUACGGCAACCCCGUCCCCAACAUCCUUUGUUUUCAGGCCAAUGCCGAGCUCGUGAGGAUUGUAAUGUGAAGUGGAGACACAAACCAUAUUAUGUAGCAGUAUAGAAGCUUCACUCAUGACCGUAAGUAGAAAUUAUGUGGAAAAUAUUCAACAAAAAAAAAAAAAAAA